GUCCAGGGCCACUCCAACUCAUAAAAUUUGGUUCGCACUUCCUGUCACUACACUCAGGAGAGAAUGACUCUCAGCCAGAAGAGCCAAAUCAUUCGCGCCCCCUCAGAGGAGCCUAUCGCGGGAAUCAAAUCCGUGUUCCUUGCUGGCACAACCACCGCACUCGGCAAUGUUGACUGGCGCGAGAGCCUAUCUGCCCUACUCGCCGCGUACCCUAUAACUCUCUUCAACCCCAACCGCCCUGACUGGGACAGCACAUGGCGCGAGGACAUCACAUUUGGUCCAUACCGCGAGCAGGUCCUAUGGGAGCUUGAUAAACAAGAGAAGGCGGACCUUGUGGUGGUGUAUUUCCACCCGGCUACAGUAGCGCCGAUAAGCCUACUUGAAUUCGGUCUGUCUGCGAGAGUGCCAGGCAAAGUCAUCGCCGUUGCUCCAAAAGGAUAUUCGAAGAGAGCCAAUGUGCAAUUAGUCUGCCAGAAGUACGGUAUCGAAUUCCUGGACGCUAUCGACACACUGCACGAAACUAUCGUUAAUAAGUUGUCUCUCAAGCAGUGACUAGUUAUCUAUCUGCUUUUUCGCUUGGACGCCGAGACAGGAUCUCGAUCCACCCCACAUCGUCGGGAUUUGAAGCGCAGGAUAUGGCAGGAUCGUCUACAGCCUCUUCAUCUCUGGUCUGAUAUUGCAUAUUCUUGGGGAAGCCAUCGGGUAUCGCUACCUCUCAUUCUUAAUCGAGUUUUUCUAUUGUGGCGCUUUCUCGGCAUCUGCUUCUUUUCCAAUUAGUAAUGAGCCGCUAUAGAAUAUUUUUUGGUUUGAGAAUGAUUUUAUCUUGAAGCCCUGAUCCCAGACAUUGAUAUGAUCUCUAGAGUUAUGGGGUGAAGCCACCACAGCACAUCAGUGUA